AUGUCUUACAACAAGGCCGACAAGGACCACGGCGAGGCUCCUAAGAGCCACAAGAUCCGCAUCACCCUCACGUCCCGCAAGGUCAACAUCCUCGAGAAGGUCUGCACCGAGAUCCUCGAUCGUGCCAAGAGCAAGGACCUGCGUGUCAAGGGACCUGUCCGUCUGCCCACCCAGACGCUCAAGAUCACGACCCGCAAGACCCCUUGCGGUGAGGGUUCCAAGACGUGGGAUUGCUUCGAGAUGCGUAUCCACAAGCGCCUCAUCGACCUCAACGCCCCUACCGAGGUCGUCAAGCAGAUCAUCGUCAAUAUCGAUGCUGGUGUCGAGGUUGAGGUCACCAUCGCUGCUUAA